CACUUAUUUGGCAAUAAGCAGGGGAUUAGUGGGCAAGAGAGUGAGUGACAAAGAGCAAGAAGAGUGAGAGCAUCGAGCAUCAGCGAUGAAGGCUUCAACUUCAGGUUGGUGCCUUGGCCCUAAAACUGCAUCGCAUCCUGGCUUCUCACGAAAUGGAUGCUCCUUCCUUGGCGCUUCUUCUUAUGCUGCUUCGGUCUUAGUGCACCGCAACAGAGGCAUAAGUUGCUCGUUCCAGAAGGACAGCUCCGUCAAAGUGCUCCGGCGAAUCCUGGAGAGCCCUGGGGUCCACCAGGGCCCCGCUUGUUUUGAUGCUCUGAGUGCCAAGCUCGUUCAAGACGCCGGCUUCUCCUUUUGCUUCACCAGCGGUUUCUCAAUAUCAGCUGCUAGGUUGGGGUUGCCGGACACUGGCCUCAUCUCUUAUGGAGAAAUGGUGGAUCAGAGCCGGCUAAUCAGCCAAGCUGUCUCCAUUCCUGUGAUCGGGGAUGCCGAUAAUGGCUAUGGCAAUCCCAUGAAUGUCAAGAGGACUCUCAAGGGAUACAUUUCAGCUGGUUUAGCAGGAAUCAUUCUUGAAGAUCAGGUAUCUCCAAAAGCAUGUGGCCACACAAGAGGAAGGAAAGUGGUGUCCAGAGAAGAGGCGGUCAUGCGAAUUAAAGCAGCCGUCGAUGCCAGAAGAGAGAGUGGCUCUGAUAUUGUCAUUGUGGCGCGCACAGACUCUCGCCAAGCACUCUCCAUGGAUGAAGCACUCACCAGGGCUAGGGCUUUUGGAGAUGCUGGCGCCGAUGUUCUUUUUAUUGAUGCACUCACUUCAAAAGAAGAGAUGAUGGCUUUUUGUCAAGUUUCUCCCCUCAUUCCGAAAAUGGGCAAUAUGCUUGAAGGAGGAGGCAAAACACCAAUACUCACUCCUCUGGAACUAGAAGAAAUCGGUUUCAAACUUGUUGCUUAUCCCCUUUCCUUGAUUGGGGUUUCUAUACGAGCAAUGCAGGAUUCACUUGCUGCAAUUAGAGGAGGCCGUAUUCCUCCUCCUGGAAGCAUGCCAUCUUUUGAAGAAAUUAAGGAUAUCUUAGGUUUCAACACUUAUUAUGAAGAAGAGAAGCGUUAUGCUACAAGCACCUUUUCAAAGAGAGAUAGUGGUAGCUUAUACAGUAUACAACGGAGAGAUCAAUAUGAUACAGAGCAAACAAGUCAGAGUCCCAAAGAUCCCAUUGUUGAAGUUAUAACUCCUGAAGUGUAUAAUAAAUAUGGUGGAGAUGGUUCAAGGGACCCUUUUUCUGGGAUCUGGUCUCGAACUCUAAGAGUCAAAAUAACUGGCAGGGAUGGAUUUGAAAAACUUGAUCUCAGGAUACCUGCUGGAUUUCUGGACGGACUCACAAACAUAGUUCCUGCUUUGGGUGGUGUAAACAUUAAAGAAUUGUUGGACGAUGCUGCAGAGGAAAUUGGGGGGAAAAAGCUGUUAGAUUUUAAUGACAGGAUGGGUGACAGGAUUCAAGUAUUUCUGGAGUGAUUGAAUGUUGCCUAGUCUCUCAUUCUCAUAUCUGUGCGAUUCUAGUUGCAUUCUUCGGUUCUUCCUUGGAUUUCCUAUAAAAGCUGUUUAAAAUGGGAACAUCACUACUUCAUUGCUUCUGAUAUUUGGUGUCGGAGAGUUUGUUUUGAAAGCUGUGAUAUAGUUCCUGAUCGGUAUAUGGUCGAUGAUGCUGGUUACAGGAUAACGGAGAUUAGAGGAAGGAAAACUAAAGCAAGGAGGUACCACUGCAUGCAUGGGUCUAUGUCUAUUAUCCAAAUGUGUAGCCAUAAAGUGGAAAUCAAUCAAAACUUUAUUUAUAUUUCGUUAUAUCCGAGAACAUUUGUUCAAUCAUAAA